GGCAUUUAUCCACCAUGUGAUCCCACAAGCAGCCGUCAGAUAGUUGCAUCUAGCAACAGACUCAUACAUGCUCGCUGUUAACGACCUUAAUCAAAGACUAAAUCAUAUUAGGCAGUCGACAAGAGAAUCCGCCGUGCGCUCCGCAGGGACAAGAACGCCGAGACCUACUCCGGACUGUUUCAUACUACUCAUUGGUGCUUUUGAUGUGUUCCUGGUCUUGGUAUUAUCAACCUCGCUACUUACAUAUGUCACGGUAUCAAUCGGUCCGUACAGGACCCAGUUACCCCUGGUUGGACUGUUAUGGACUAGCACGUUCCAGGGACAGUAUAUAUCGUCUUCUCCUAGCUAGAUAGCAAUUCAGCGCAGUAUUCCAUCAACGCAAUAGCCCUACGUUAUCGUUUACCGUAGCUAUUAGUAUUCUACAGCGGCACCGUCUGCCGCUACAACAUACAACACAUAGCAUGAUAUUACGCGAUGGAUCUGCUGACUGCAUGGCCGUGUUGCUAUCCACGACGGACCAAUUGCCGGUAUUUAUAUCGGGGCGUGGCUGCGAG